AUGGCAGAAGCAGUGCUCUUCACCCUUACCAACGACAUACUGAAACUCGCCGGUUCCAACAUCUUUUCGAAGAUCCAACUUGCACGAGGUGCGAGGGAUGAUCUCACCCGUCUCAAGUACACCGUCAAGACCAUCCAAACUAUGCUUUUGGAUGCCGAGAAGAAACAAUGGGACAGCGAGCAGGUCAAGCUCUGGCUCGUGAGGCUGAAGGACGUGUUGUACGACGCACAGGACUUGCUGGACGAUGUCGCAACCGAAGAUCUGAGGCGGAAGGUCACUCCCGGAAACAAGAUGUCAAAAGCGGUAUGCUUUUUUUUCUCCAAAUCAAAUCAGCUAGCACAGCCCUACAAAGUGGCUAAAAGGAUUCAGGAAAUUAGGAAGAAACUGAAUUGGAUUGCAAAAGAUAGGGAGUUCCGUUUAGAGGAGCAUCGGAGUGAGGCAACUGUUGCUAUUGUGAGGAGGAGGACAACUGACUCUUUUGUGCGGAAGGAAGAAAUAAUUGGUAGACAAUUUGAUGAGGAGGAGAUCAGCAAAUCUUUGCUUGAUUCCUCCUCCAAAGAGAGUGUUUCGGUUGUUUCCAUAGUCGGUAUGGGAGGACUUGGAAAAACCACACUUGCUCGGCUGGCGUACAACAAUGACAAAGUGACAAAAUACUUCGAGCUUAAGAUGUGGGCGUGUGUAUCCGAUGUCUUUGAUCGGGAUUUUCUUAUUAAAGAAAUACUGAAAUCUGCCCGAGAUAAGUAUCAAGGGGAUCCUGAGAUGACAAGAAUUCUGCAAGACAUUGAUAAUAAGUGUAAGGACGAAUUGCAGGGGCUUCUUCGUAAGGUACUAGAUGGGAAGAAAUACUUGCUUGUUUUGGAUGACUUGUGGAAUGAAGAUCACGGGAAAUGGUCAGAGCUCCAACGUUUGCUAAUGGGUGGUUCAUUGGGGAGCAAGAUACUUGUAACCACGCGCAAUCGGUUGGUGGUGGACUCUAUAGGUAUAAAAUCAGGUAUCCAUUAUCUAAAUAUCUUAUCUGAUAAUGAGUCGUGGGACUUAUUCAAGAAAACGGCCUUCGAAGAUGAAGGCCAUAAAAACCAAGAACUGGAGCAGAUAGGUCAAGAUAUAGUUAAAAAAUGCGGUGGUGUUCCCCUUGCCAUAAAAACUAUAGGCAACCUUUUGUAUGCCAAAGAGGAAAAGGAGUGGCUCUAUUUCAAAGACCAUGAAUUCUCAAAAAUAGAUACGUUGAACCCUGGAAUAAUGGAAGUCCUCAAAAUCAGCUACGAUCAUCUUCAGCCAAGGCUAAAACAUUGUUUUGCAUAUUGUGCGUUGUUUCCAAAAGAUUAUGUCUUCGAUAAAGAAACAAUGAUACAGUUGUGGAUGGCACAAGGUUUUAUUGAGUCAUUGGAUGAGCAUGAAGAGAUACAAGAGAUCAAGGAUGAUUAUGUCUCAGACCUACUACAUGGGUCAUUUCUUGAAGUUGAGGAGGUCAAUCCUUACACUGGUAAGGUGAAAAUGUUCAAGAUGCACGAUCUCAUGCACGAUCUUGCCUUGAAAGUCGCGGGAAAUGAGUGCAAGAUGGUCAAUCUCAACAAAGGCAGUCUCGAUGAAGAUACUCGACAUGCUUCAUUUGCUUUACAAUCGUUCUCGUCGCUACAAGAAGUGACUUCUCUGCUAGAAGCAGCCAAUCUACAGACAUUUGUCUCUUUGGAAGAACGGUCAUAUGUAGAAAAGUUUUCCCCAAAUGAAUGUCAUCGGAUUUUCUCUAAGUUCAGGCAUUGCCGAAUGUUGAAAUUGAACUAUGAAAAUUUUUGCAUCCCUUCUUCGUUGGGAAGUCAGUUGAAGCACUUAAGAUUUCUUGAAAUUUGUGAGAAUGACUCCAUCAAGAGUUUGCCGGAUUCAAUCACGGAUUUGCUGAACUUGCAAACCCUUAUAAUCUCUACAUGUGUGAAACUUAAAGCAUUGCCCAAAGAUUUGAGGAAAUUGAUCAACCUUAGACACCUCGAUAUUAACGAAUGUAGGUCACUUGGCUCACUGAGCUGCCUACACACCCUAAGUGAACUCUCUUCUCUAAGGACUUUGAGUCUCAUGUUCUUGGAUGCAUUGGAUUUUGACCCUUUUCAACAAUCUAGUACUACACGGCCCUUCUUCCCAUCUCUUGAGAGUUUGAUCCUCGACUCUUGCAAUGUGAAAGGAUGGUGGAGAAGAAGGGAAGUGAUGAUAGCAUAUCAAAAGCAUCAAUCAAACAAUUCACAGCUAUUCUUCCCAAAACUACGGUUUGUGGAUAUAAAAGACUGUCCCAGCUUGAAUUUCGUGCCACCAUUCCCCCAGGUGGAAUACUUGGAGAUAGAUAACAUAACAAUGUUGGAGCAACAAUUCUUGGCCAAUCUAAAUCAUCCAUCAGCCCCUUUCUCUGAACUAAAGCAUCUAUGUCUUUAUCAUGGAAGUUUGGAGCCGAUACUUGAGACUCUACUUCGAUUGGCCAAUAAUCUCGAGUCCAUGAGACUCUUAAGAUGCAAGUUAAAGGGUCUCUUUCAUGGCAUGCGGCCGACUGAACGAAGAACUGGGCACUGUCAUUCCCUGAGUGUUCAACACCUAUUCCGGCCGAUUCAACCAAAAAGUACGCAAAUAACUCAAGGUCCAUACACUUGCUACCUUAGGCCUUGA